AGUUUGCCGUGUUUCGCCUUCUAUCACUUUCGGUGACACUUGCGCUUGUGCUUGAAUAUCAACUUCUCGUCAUGCCCUGGAGUAGAUAGUGCUUCCAUAGUAUUAAGCAUAGAUUUUGCUGGUCUCCCACGCUAUCUUAGCCUCCUGCAGCCUCCCCUGCACGCGCGAUCAGGCUGAGCAGCCAUGGGAAAUCUUUUCUCCCGACACAACGACGUUCUGUCAGAGGAUCAGCAAAUCGCAGCCGGCAAUGACCGGGAUCCUGAAGCCGGCGCCGGUGCCGGCGCCGGUACUCCAUCACCGCCUCCACGCCGGAGCCAGGAUUCGGGGCUCGAAUUGGUACUGCCGCCCACAACCAAGAUGACGACCCACCAAUUCUUUUACAUCUUCAUCUUGGACGGCAUCGGUGCCAUGGUCCUGUCCGGGGCUAUCAACUUUGCUAUUGCUUAUGCAAUGUACGCCACCAAAGACCCGACAGCGCACCCAAUCCGGCUCUUCCAGCUCCCCAACACCCUCGCCGGCGACGCCGGCGUGACCAUCAUCAUCCAGUGCCUCGUGACCUGGCUGAUCGAGUACUUCCUCGUGGCCCGGGACCUGCGUCGCGGCGCCGUCGCCCCGGCGGCCUUCCUCCCCGAGCCCACGCGGCCCCUGGCCCGUUGGUUCCUCUUCCUCCCGUCUUCCCCCUCCUCCGACUACGACUACGACGCCGCCGCAGCCGCCACCUUGUCCCCGUUCGCCCAUGUUCUGAGGGCGAUGCUCGUCGCCGUCGCCUCCUUUGCCGUGCUGUGGGGCCCCUCCGUCGGCAUUCUGACUGCCGUGGGGACGAGGAGCGGCGGGGACUGGGUGUUCGAGAGUACCUGGGCACCGCAGGUGUUCAAACUCGUUCUGGGAGGAGUGCUGGCGCUGCUGAUGACGCCCUGCUUCGCCGUGUUCUGGCUGGCGAGGGAAGGGUGGUUGGUGACGGGGGUGGCGAGAGGUGGGGGGGAAGAGGGACUGGGACCGGAAUUGAGACCGGAAUAGUGAAAGCCAGACGGGCUAUCCGGGCGGCUUAUGGAUAGGCCUUCUUGAAGAAGGCUUGCGAAAGAAUGGGUUCACUUGAAAAAGUCGACCAGUUGCCUGCACCGAGCUAUGAAGGAGGUGCUAGAUCAAGAUUUGGGGCUGUGUUUCGGUUG